AUGGCCACGCAAGGCGAGCAGGAACAAAACGCCCUGUACUCGGGACCCUUGGCUUUUGCCCGGGGCAUGCUUAUUCAACAGGAAGGCUGUUACCGAAGCCUUCCUGGGUCAAUUAUCAAAACGGUGCUCAAGCUGUCUUUCGCUUUCGCGUGUGCGCUGCCCAUCUUCGCCAUCUCUGUCUCGGUGGUGACGGGUUCGGACCGGACGCUCACGUCUUUCCUCAUGCCUCCCGUUUUCUACGACGCGCGAGAGCCCCCAGCACCUCCAGGGAAUGUUCGUCUGCGUGCUGACCUGGCGGGAAACCGUCCAUCGGAUUUGUCCGGAGAUCUGCCAAAGGCACGUCCCGCGGCCUCGCUCGAAGGGUCGCCGGAGAACGCGACGCAGUAUUGGCUCUCCAACGUCGAAUGCAUGCGAACUCGCGAGCAAGUAUGCAUAAGCCUCAUGCUCUUUUGUUUCUUGUACUUGGCCGUUGCGCACGCUCUUUGGGCGAGUUGUCUGCGCGAUCUCGACCUGACUCCAGCGCCGCUCGCCUCGUGUUCGCAGCUUCGCCUGCGCUUCACACACAUCCCACAUCACCGAGUUGAACAGCUUCGGCGCUCGUGGCAACGGGACCAGCGCUCCCAGGGAGGACAGCGCCCUGACGACCUUGUGCGGCGGCGCUUCACCUCUGCAGCCGCGUCAGUUGCAAAUCCUCUCUCUGCAGACGGGGCGGAAAACGGAAGUCAGACGCUGGGGAGUCUCGGAGCCGGGGAGAGGCAGGGGCAGAGAGCGCUCGUCAGCCCCGGCGGGGCCGCGCGUGGAAGUGAACGGGGGCUGGAAGACGAGGAAGACGGAACAGACGGAGGCGGAAUGUUUGUGAUGGAGGAAGAUCUAUCGCGGUGGUCGAGAGGUGAAAUCGUCCUCCAGAGUCUAAAGACGCAAACUUUCCUCGCGGAGGUCUGGCAUACUGUAAGUGUGCAUCGGCAGCGUUUUGUGGAAGUCGAUGGGCUGAGCUUUGUCUACGCCUCGCGUGCAGGUGUUUUUGUUUUGGCGACAACGUUUCCAGAAAAGCAAGGCCUCGCCGAAGCCGUCGAACUUGCGGCAGCGGUGACGGCGCAAGAAACGAAUGGAAACGGAGAAGACAUGGCACCCUACCUCCUGAACACGAUUCAGCGCGUCCUGUUGAAGCCGGAGGAAAUUGCGGAUCGCCAGUACAUCGGGAAGAAUCGCCUUGUCCUCGGCACCACAACGUUCGGAAAGCUCCUUUGGUCGGCCCUCACCGAUAACGCCUUCUACUUUGCCGUGCUCGUUGCCACAUGGUAUUAUUGCUUCACGCGGAACUUCCUUGUUCUCGGAUUUCUCCUCGUCUUUGUCGUUUUCGAAGGAACCUACCGAAUCCGCCUUCUUGUGCGACAGCAGAAACGGCUCCAGUCUCUCGUCGCCGAACGCGAGAAAACCAUCAGUGAGAAGCCGACUCUGGUCCUCCGCCUUCUGCGGGCGGCCUCGGGCCCCAAGAGCGACGUUGAGAAGCCAAGGCCGUCGAGUCCAUGUCAACCUGAUCGCGGUUCCUCUGCACCCUCUUUUGUGGCCGCGUGGGUUCGAAUUCCUGCUUCAGAUAUCGUCCCCUCGGACAUCGUUCGGCUGUCAAGAGGAGAUGUUGUUCCCUGUGAUUUGCUCCUAGUCAACGGGACUGUUGCUGUCGACGAGUCCUCGCUUCGAGGCGAUGGGACGCCUCUGCGCAAGGGGCCGUUGCGGGCCUCGGUCGCGAAGCUGCGCGGGGAUUUACCAGGAAAAAACAUCGGCGCAGCCUCGCCUGAGGAUCUGCGAGUGGCCGAGAGCGUCGUGCAUGCGGGAACUCGCGUCAUUUCUUGCACGGAAGCGAGAGGCAGGAGUCGAACCUUGGACCAGGAAGGGCUCCAGUAUGUUUUCACUGCCGAAGACGAAACAGAAAACAGAUCCGAACGGCGCGCGUUCCGCGAGACCUUGGGAGAUGAGCAAAGAGCAAAGUUGGCAAGGAAUCUGGCUGGAGCUGCGAAGACGCAAGUCGCAGCGGCUGCGGCUUUGAUGGACGCGGGAGCGUCCGGCCAAGGAGGCAUCUGUUGGGGCGUGGUGCUCCGAACUGGAAUUGAUACAGCUGCGGGACAACAACUCCGGCAACUCCAACUCCCAGAACAGGAGAUGUUUCGAUACGACCGUCAACUCGUUUACGUCUGCAUUGCUGUCCUCGCGCUUUGGCUAUGUCUUGUCUCGCUGCAUGCGCACUAUACCGAAAGCCUCCUGCUGUCUUUCCGUUUCGCCGUUGACUCUCUCCUGAAGCUUCUCCCUCUGUGGCUGCCUGCUCUCUGCGGGCUUUUUGCUACGCUGGCGGCGCGGCGUCUUCGUGUCUGCAGCGCGAAGGAAAUGGACGGAUUCCGGCGGAGGGUUCAACUGGAGGCCGGAGGCGGGCGUUUGAUGGCGCUCCUCUCCACUGCUUGCCGUCGGCAAGAAAGGACUUCCUUUCCUAGCGAACAGCCUCUUAACACGUCGGAGACCCAGGGAAUGCAUCCUGCUUCUCCAGGUGACUGCGGUGGCUUCUCCGCGCGUGCACCCGCCGACGGGUCAUCCACACGGUUGGGUCCGAUGCGCUUCACUGUAGUUUGUCCGGCGCCUGGGCGUCUCCCUAUAGCGGCCAAGGUCCGAGUCGUUUGUUUUGACAAGACCGGGACGCUCACCCGAGAAGAUUUCUCCUUUAUUGGGUGUCAGCCGGUGGAAGCUGCGUCCCUACUGCCGCUUGUGAGGUACGAUCCUGACGGCCCGCCAAUGCGCAUACGCUCUGCAGCCGCAAGCGCGCCUGACGCCCCUGACGCGCCUGUGUCUUCAGAAGGCAACAGAAACCACCCGCGAACAUUCCGCGAAGCAUGCGCCUCUGACCGGCAGGUCCCCGCUCGGCUUUUUGAGAGCCUCGCCUGUUGUCAUGGUUUGGCGUUAGAGAACGCACAAGUGGCGGGGACGGGUUUGGAGCAGCAGAUGUUCGAAUCGACAGGGUGGAGGAUGAGCCGGACGGUUGUUCCUCGACAGGAGGCAGAGGGUCCGAGCGAGGUUGUCGGGGACUCGGUAAGACUCGUGUUUUCCCCGGCAGCGCCUCAGGGGCACUGCGAUGAUGGCCAAGGAAGGAAGGGAGGGCUUGUUCUUCUUCAGAGGUUUGUCUUUGAUCCGGUGCGUCAAGUUAUGAGCGUGGUUGUUGCACGGACAAAGGACGGGCAAGGCUUGGACCAGAACGAAGGAGAGGUUCUUGUUUUUUGCAAAGGCAGCUACGAAGCCGUGGCUUCACUCUGCCGCUCCGAAACAGUGCCUGGAGAGUUCCUUCACGGGGCCAGCGCGUACGCGAAAGAAGGCGUGUACGUACUUGCGGCGGCGAGCAAGUCCCUUGGCGUACGGACGAACCUGAAUGCGUGGAAGGACUUACCGCGGUCAGAAGUGGAAAGUGGCCUAGACCUCGGAGGCCUUCUGCUGUUCCGGAACGAACUCCGACCCGAUGCAGCCGACACCAUCCAUCAGCUCAAGGCUGCGAGGAUCCGACCCGUCAUACUCACAGGCGACUCUCCUUUGACUGCUGUUGCCGUUGCCCGGCGAGCAGGCAUGGUACGGGGCUCUGGAGAUGGCUUAGGCAGCGACACCGGACGGUUAGAGAGGCUCAGCAGAGGCUAUGUGGCUGGUGGCACCACUCCGGUGGCUUUAGGUGAUAUUGUGGACGAGGAAUCAAGUGGUGAAAACCUAGAAUUGUUUUUGGGUGGUGGAGAACAAGGAGGGAGCAGCUCUGGAGCUGGAAAGGGACAUAGGCGCAGGUCGGCUGAUCAAAAGCGUCACGAGGCUGCCGGACAUCUGGGAUCGCAACCUGUCGCGGAGCAUACAGCUGGGGUCUCGCAAAGCGAGAGAUCCAGAGCCGCAGUUGAGUUGUGCCAGCGAGUGAAGUGGACAGAUGUGGACACCGGAGAAGAAAUCGACCGGUGGAAGAUUUUCUUCACCGAGGAAUACAAGGAGCUCGCCCUGACAGCGCGGGCAGUGGAAGCGCUUGCAGGAACGCCAGAUGCGUUGAUGAUAGGAGAGCUGGGUGGGGACGAUGUCGCUUUCGGCGACGAAACCGAAAGCGGUCAGUUGGAGAACGAAAGUGCACAACUUCUUUGGUCCCGAAGCCAAAGCGGCCUUCUGCCGACAUCUGAAAGCACACCAAGCAGUACAAAUGAAUCGUCGGAGUUCCAGUCCGCGUGUCCCGCCUCAACCGUGAAUCCGAAGGGGUUUGGAGAGUCUAUGGAAGAUUACGGAUCGCUCUUGAGAGUGAAACAACGAAUCCCGACGCUGUUUGACCGCAUCCUCUUCCGUGUCCGUGUCUUUGCAAGGAUGUCACCCCACAGUAAGGCCCUUAUCAUCGAGCGGUACCAAGAAAGGGACCUCAUUGUGUCUAUGGUCGGAGAUGGGACAAAUGACUGUUUCGCCAUCCGACAAGCUCAAGUAGGCGUCGCUUUCGGGCCGGGAAGCAUGUGUCAAUCCAUUGCGCCGUUUGCAAUUCUGACCAACCAAGGGCAAGACCGUACUCAAUCUGCCUCUUCGUCGGACCCUUCUGCCUCAGCCGAUCAAGCAGAGGCGAGUUUAGCGUUGCUAAAAAGCCCUCGGAGUAACAAGUUUGAUUCGUGUGGCCUUCUGGGCGUCAUUACCUUAUUGCGUGAAGGACGGGCAACGCUCGUCACAUCGCUUGCCGUUUACAAGCUACAGAUUUUGUAUGGUAUAUUAUCCGCGAUUUCUUACUUAAUGCUGACCGUUGGAGCGUACGGCACCCCUAACGCUUUUUCACUCUUCUUCUCUUCCGUAGCUAUGCUCCUUGGCCUCUCUCUAUCAAUGAUAUGGUCCGUCCCCUCUGUCACUCCGCUGACGAAGCGCAGUCCUACAAGUAAUCCGCUAGGCGUCAGGACAGUGGCUCAGGUGACGUCGAUUCUCCUUGUCGAUAUCGUAGCACUGUUUGUGCUUUUCGGGCUUCUCUACGGCCCAGCUGGACGGCCCCUCCCAUGUGCGUGGGUCCAGAGAGAAGUGCGAAACGAGCUUCUGCAACGACAGCAGAUCGAAAACCUGCUCGACCUCCAUUCGCUCAACGAGCAUCAUACUGUCCAAACUGACGAAACCGCUGCGGCUCUCCUCGAAAAGUUCCUCGAGGACAAGCCAGAUGAUAAGGAGGCACGCGACCAAGCAACGCAAAAUACGGAGCUUCAUGACAAAGCGCCACUGGAUUUGCAGAGACUGACCGUAUUAAAGAAGGAGAAGACGACCCAGGAAACGCAUCCGGCAUCUGGACUUCUGGUAGCGUCCCAAGUAACGCCCUCGCUGUCCUUUCCAACCCCCGAAGCCAGUCGAAUGGCAAGUCCGGUGGGAAAUGCUUCUGACAUAACACUGUCAGGCGGGCAGAAGAAGCUGUAUGGCAACGACGUUGCCUCCCUGCUGAAGCAUUUGGAAGAAACCGCGAAGAGCCACACUAGAGCCACUGCUUUCCUUGAAAUUGGCAAGCAGAGGGCGACUCAAUUCCUCACCCGUCUCAGUAGCAAAUCUUUCCACGAAAGGCGUGUCCGAAAAAGAUCGAUCUCCGCUUCUAAUAUGGCACAGCAGGAGCAUUUGAGAAACCUCAUCUCGACGACCAAACGCCGUACGGCCGUGCCUCUCAACGGUAGUGCGCAUGCGGAAGCGGAGGUUCGGUAUUUCUCAGGUCCAGAAAUGAAAUCGCAUGCCUCGAUAGAAAAAGCACGAGGUGCCGCGCCGCGGCCACGCCCUGAGGUGGACUCUCUCCUACGACACAGUCUUAGGCCCAAAGCAGCAUACCACGACCCACCAUGCAGUCGAGAUGGGAGAACUGAGGCAUCCAUCAUAUUCUUGUGGUUAGGAGCAUGCCUGCUCAAUGCCGCAUUUCUGUUUAGUCGCGGAGGGACAUCGGGGAAAACCAUUUGGGGGAAUCCGGUUCUGAUGCCUCUCAGCUUUAUUUUCGCGGUUUUCUUCGUUUUCCUGGUCACAGCACCAACGAACCAUGUGUCCUGUGUGUUCAUGGUCAACUGCCCCGCUCACGAGGUGCGCAUGCAGCAGCAAAGAAAGAAUGCCGUCGGGGUGGCGAAGCAGCUCGUUACGGACAGGGAAGAGAAAGACAUGUAUCGGCUUCUGGCGCGGAACGCUGAAGCGGAUGUGAUAAAAGUGCGUGCGAUUCUGAGCGUGGAUAUGGCAGCUCCUGACGAAAAGAUCGCACGCUUUCAUCCGACAUCUCUAUCAGCAGACUCGAGUCCAGACCGGGCUUCGAAAAAAUCUGCAUCGGGACCGCUGGAAACAGCAGAAGGUGAUGAAACAGAACUGUUCUAUGAUCUUAAGGCUCGGGCGCAAAAUGACAACGACGGGUCACACAAUGCAAAAGUUCCUAUUUACGUCAACGAUAAUGGUGAAAAAAGUAACGCAGGCGCCACCAACGGGCCAGCACACGGAGUGCAAUGGGGAUACGAUCAUGACCGGAGAAGUGGCAAUGGGUCGGAGAUGUCCGCGUGGUAUGGGCAAGUCUUGCUCUCCGUCUUAUGUUCGAUGUCAGUAUUGAAUGCACUGAUUCACAUGUACGUCAUUGGGGAUCAGAUGGGUCGAGAUACGUUCGCCAACUGGUGGCGCAAAGCUCAUCCUUCCCGAUUCAAAGGUGAGAUCAUACCUGUUUAG